GUAUACUCUCAUGUCUUGCCUUCCCUUAAGGGCGCCUGGUAUUACGAUUCUCGCGAUAUGGUAUUACGCUAGGCUUGCUCCUAGCUGUCGUGCUUCCGCCCUAUGUCCUCUUCUCCCACCCUAGCUAUCGUUCGUAGACUAGGUUAGGACCUAGUCUCCCGCCCUAACCUAUGCCCUAGCUCUAGACUGCCACCCUACUAUCGCAUUGCCCGCUACUCGCUGCGAGCUCGCCGCUGCAAGCAGCGCACGCCACUCCCCGCUCGCCGUUGCCAGCAAAUCGCAUGCAGCUCGUUGCCGCCAGCUUGCCGCCAGCCUGCUCGCUGCCCGCUCGCCGCUUCCAGCUCGUCACCGCCCACCGCUCGCUAGCUGCUGCUAGCUCACUGCCAGCUCGUCGCCAGCGGCGUACCGCCAGUUCGCCACGAGUAGCAGCUGCCAGCUCGCCGUCAGCUCGCUAGCAGCCAGCCGCCAGCUCGCCGCCAGCUCGCUGUCCCCAACCGCCAGCUUGCUGCCGGCUCACUGCCCCCAAACGCCAGCCCGUCGCCGGCUCGCUGCCACCAGCCCGCCCCUCGCAACACACUGCCAACCUACUGCUUGCCGCCGCUACUAGCCUGCCACAGCCGCUGCUGCCAGCCUGCCGUCGGCCUGCCACUACUGCAGGCCUACCGCUGCUGCCGCCGGCCUGCCACUGCCGCCGGCUUGCCACUGCCGCCAGCCUAUCUGCCGCCAGCUUGCCACUGCUUCUGCCACCAGCUUGCCACUGCUGCCAGCCAGCUACUGCCGCUCGCUAGCUGCUGCUACCGCCAGCCUGCCGCUGCCGCCAGCCUGCUGCUGCUGCCAGCCUGCCUGCCACCAGCCUGCCGCUGCUGCUGCUGCCGCCGGCCAGCUACUGCCGCCAGCUUGCUGCUGCCGCCAGCCUGCUGCUGUCGCCAGCUUGCAGCCCCUGCCAGCCUGCCACUCCUGCCAGCCUAUUGCCUGCCAGCCACUCACUCCUGCCGCCAGCUCCUACUCCCUGCCAGCCAGCAGCCGGCCAGCUACCGGCCAGCCGCCCACCAGCAGCCCACCCACAGCCACUAGCUGCCGGCCAGCCGCUAGCUAGCUGCUUUCACCGUUCCUCCGGCCACUGCCGCCGCUCUAGCCGCCGCCGCUCCUACUCCUAGUGCUGGCCCCUGUCUCGUUCCUCUAGACUCGAGCGACCUCCUCCAAUCUCCUCCUAGUUCCGGAGCUCCUCGCCGCCUACCCUGCCGGCAUGACGACCACGUUGGACUACAUCCUUCGGCUUGACGCCGAGGGCCAUGCGGUCGCCUUCGCGGCCUGGUUUCUCGCGCUCCGCCGGUAGCUGGUGAGCCAGCAAAUUGAGGGUGAACUGCUCGAGGGUCACGUGACUGGUGGGCUACCUGCCAUCCCCCACCCUGAUCCCCUUGCCUUCGAUGUGACUUCGGUGCAGCGUGAGGUGUACGCAGCUGCCCAGACUGCGCAUGACAGCUGGCGGGCUCACGAUGCCGCUGGGCAUCACCCGGUGCCUGCCAGUCGCCGAGUAUGCACGCUUUGCUUUGCAGGAGACAGCUCAGGCUCUCUGGACUGCACUUGAGGCUUGCUACUCGUCCCCGUCCUCAGCCGCCCUCGGCCGCCUCAGCCUCCCGUUCCUCUUCCCUGACUUGGCCUCCUCCUCCACGGUCGCAGACCUUGUCGAGCACCUCCGAGACCUCAAGGUACGCUAUCGUGCAGCCUGGCCUGAGGCCGACCUUGCCACCCACCUCCCGUCCACCUUCCUCGCCCUUUACCUCCUCACCAACCGCCUCCCUGACCGCCUCGCUCCUGCACGUAACACGCUCCUUGCCUUGUCCCCCACUGCCCUCACCAUCGACUAGUUGUCCACCUUCCUGACGGAGGUCGAGGCCCGCCUCCGCGUCAUUGCUAAGUCCACUGGCACAGUGGUGGCCCGUCUUUCAGGAUUGCUCUCUGUCUCAGGCCCUUGCCUCUGGUGCCUCCGCCUCUGUUGCUGAGACCGCUGCAGCGGUCACUCCACCUGGCCGCUCGGCCAAGUGCGCACAGCGCCGUGGUGGUAGUGGGGCGUCGUCAGGUGGUCGAGGCACUGGUGAGGCCUCGGGAGCUAGCGGAGGAGCGGGUGCAGAGGAGGAGGGGGAGCAGAAAUAGCAGUAGCAGCAACCUCAGUGGCUGCAGCAGCCACCACAGCAGCAGUAGCAACCGCAGCAACAGUAGCAGCGGUAGCAGCUGCACUCGGGUCCUGAGAGUUUUGGGCGUGGUGCGGGCCCUGGAGGUUGGGCCCCGGGGCAGUCGCAAACUUGGAGCUCGCGUGGCUCCUCUAGGGGCUAGGGUGGCGUGGAGCCUGGGGCUCUUGUGUGCCCUUUGUACCAGAUCCAGUCCGGCCUCCUGCGCAGCCAAUUCUGCGUGCGUACUGGUCACAAUGCUACCCGCUGCUACCACCACCUGGACAAUCUGUUCCAUGGUCACUUUGGGCCUUUGGUGCCCCUUUCGGAGCGGCUUCCUCUUCUUCGUCAUGGUGUCUCAGUGUUUGAGAUUGAGAUGGCUUAGAUAGGUGCUGCCAUGUUUUUCUAUGUACUCUGAUGAUUAUAGUGUGUCUGACACUUAUUAUCCUGGUGUGUGUAGUCUAGGAUCAUCUGCUACAGUAUGUGUAGUCUAGGAUCAUCUGCUGUGUGCAUUCUAGGCUCCUCAUUGGCCCCUACUGAGGCGACC